GCUUGACGAAUUGAAUUCGAGAGGGCAGAGUGCUGAAUUCGUUUCGGGAUAGAAGAGACUUGGAUGAGACUUCACUGGUUCAAAUAGACGGAGGAAGACGUUCGACAAAAGACACGGAACACAUUUGGAAACGAAUUCGCUGUGUCACCCAAAAGCUUGACUACGCGGAAACUUGAAAAACUUCGUCCUCCACGCGUCGAAGCAGCUUUGCGAAUUCUGGAAGACGCGGAGAGCCGUUUCGUUCUCUCCAUACGAAAAGCAAGAGAAUAAAAAUACACGAACGUGACAAAAUACGACAAGAUUCACACAGCAUACAAAGAAACCCGCGAGUGUGGUUCUCCAAUCCCGAUGUGCUACGAAAAUUUCAUCAUCCCAGGAGACGCAAACUUCAUCUCUACCUCAGACUGCGGACCCUAUACACACCGGCAGUCCACUCCCCUUGAACGCUUUCCUACACAUCGCAAAAGUGCGCCUCGAGGCUGGAGUCAUAGUCGCCGAGACUCCCCUAUGGCCGCCACUCGUUUUUCUCAGAUGUUUUUCAUUUCGAGAAAAUUCCGCGUCGCCACGAACGCAGACCUCUUUUACCCGUCACCAAAAGACGCUUGCUAUGGAGAGAAGCCAGCCCGUGUCCGAGAGCGGGGCAGCAUACACACGCCUUUCGAAAGAUGUUCUCCAGUCGGGAGUCCAGUCCACUUUCAGACUGCGCACCCGCAAACACUCAGGUGUAUGUACACCCCGCGUGCGGCCUCAAAACACUGUGUGGCAUUUCUUCGCGCCGCGGAGCGAAAGUUUUUUCCCCGGAACGCAAAACUCUCUUUGCCGACGCGCCUUUUGGAGACUUUUUCCUGGGUGCGGGAGGGCACGUCUACUUUCUCGAACGCACUCUUUCGCAGCUUAUCCCGAACACUUCACUGCACCCGCACCCACGCUCCUCUUCUGCAUACCAACACACUGUCAGAUAUUCACGAAUCCCGGACUGCACAUACUGAAGCAAAGAGAGAAACGAGGCCUAGCUGCAGAAGAGCACUUCAGGCCGCUUUCACAACGCCCUCCCGUUUGCAGCCUCCGUUCGCCGUCAGAUGCGUUGAAAGAGCGGUAAACCCUCGCAUCGCUCUCAAGAAGCGCUCGAACGCAGCCCUGCCUUCUUCGAGUAUCCUCAAAAACUCUCAAACACGUUCUCUCUAUUUAUUCGAAUGAUGGACGAAAACUUGUGAACACAUUCCACGCACAUAUAGUUCCCAAAAAGUUCUGGAAGUCCCCGCUUUCCCGGAACUCCCCACAAAGAAAUCUAAACACAUUCCAAUCUUCCCCGCAUGACUCUCAAAAAAGUUCCCAAUCCCUGCUCAUAUAGUUCUCUGGAAGUCCUCUUCCCCACAAAACGCCG